UUGGCCAUAAACUUCGCGAGUCGAGGGAUCCGUCUCUGCGCUCGUGCUUUCCACCACUGCCAGCGUCACCCGAUCUUCCUCCGCCUUUCCCACCACUUUGAACAUCGAAGGAGCGCUGCGGCCGCUUCUGUGCCAUCCGCGCGGCCUCUCCAGACACUUUCUUUCUCAGACAGUCAUCGCCCCCUCUGCCGUCGCCGCCGCCGCCGCCGCGUUCUCUCGCCCCCUUUCGCCCUCUCGUCUGUACGGCCCUCUCGCUUCUGUCUUUGCAACCUUAUCCUCCUCCUUCGCCUCGCCGCGCCAGCGCCUAGAUAUCGCCUAAGAGGCACAGAGGACGACAUGUAUCGCGGCAGCUCGUCCGAUCUCGAUCUCGGCAACCCGGCCGCUUCGUCCGAGAAUGGCCAGAACUACAACCAAUACCUCGUCCACGGCAACGGCAACGGCGCCUCGUCGUCGGAGAAGCCCCAGCGGAGGACGGGCAAGGAGUGGCUGCCUUACACGGGGCAGCGUCAGCUCAUCAUUGCCAUCGAUCUCGGCACGACGUUCAGCGGCGCGAGCUACUGCAUCCUCGAGCCGGGCAAGCGGCCAAAGAUUGAGGACGUGAGGGCAUGGCCCGGUCAACCGAGCCACCUGUCCAAAGUGCCAUCGGUGGUGACGUACGACGAGAACCGACUGCCGCGCCUGUUUGGAGCCGAGGCUGAGGGAAACGAGGCGGAAAACGUGCUUGACCAGGGUGGCUUCCAGGUCAGGUGGUGGAAGCUGCACCUGAAACCCGAGCACCUCCGAAUCAUCCAUGCCGUCGAUGACGCCAGUCGCGAGAUCGAUCUGGACCCGCUCCCAGAGGGGAUAACAGCAGAGCAGGUCUGCGCAGGUUUCCUCGCAUACAUGGUCCGGUGCAUCGGUACUUACAUCUACUCGAGGCUGUCCAACGGACACGAGGUGCUCACUACGCUGGGUCAGAAUACGUCAUACAUUGUCACGGUGCCCAACGGCUGGGAGCUGGCUCAGCAGCAGCUGCUUCGGCAGGCGUGCAUUGCCGCUCAGCUCGUCACGCCCGACCGAGGCGACUCGAUCCGCUUCGUGACAGAGGCCGAGGCUUCCAUCAACUUCUGCGCAAUGAACCCUGCCGCGACGGGCGACUGGCUCGACAAGCCGGGACAGCACCUCAUCGUGUGUGACGCAGGUGGCGGUACCAUUGACAUCUCCACGUACGAGGUCACAUCGACAUACCCUGCCAUCGAAGUGCGCGAGAAUGGCGUUAGUGACUGCAUUCUGGGAGGAAGCGCUACCGUCGAUCAUCGAGCGAUGCUCUAUCUCCAAGAACGACUGCGAGACACGCGAUGGGAUAAUCCGGAAGAUUUGAGGAGUUUGCGGCAGUCCUUUGCGACCACGAUCAAAGAGACAUUUGCCAGUGCGGCCCAGGAACAGAUUUUGCUUCCCGUCGGCUCUUCCGGUGAGAACGAUCCCAGCAUUGGGUUGCGACGCGGGAAGCUCGUCUUCACAGGCAAGGAGGUGGCUGGUUUCUUCGAGCCUUCUAUUGCGGCGACGGCAGAGAGUAUCAAGGACCGCGUCGGGCGGAGCGGAGGUCAGGUUGCAACGGUGGCCAUGGUCGGUGGUUUUAGCGAGAGCUUGUACUUUCGACGGGAGCUCCAGGCGCGCUUGGGCAGUGCUGUCCAGCUCUGCAAGCCAGACGAGUCGACGGCAAAGGCCGUGGCCUCGGGUGCGCUGGUCUGGGUCAUUGACGGCGUCGUGGGCUCGCGCGUGAGCCGGCACUCGUUUGGCAUCAAGUGCAGCACCGUCUUCCGUCACAAUGAAUCCAAGCACCAGGCCAAGGCAGCAAAGGCAUACAGCGGUGUCGAUGGUGUCAAGCAUCUUCCAGACGCCUUUGGAUGCAUUCUUAAAAAGGGCGAGAGCGGCCGCGACGACGAGGAACACGUCAGCCCAUUCGUUCUGACCUGGGUACCCUCGGUCGCAUGCACAGCAAACAUUGCCCUCUACGUCUAUCGCGGCGACGACGACUUUCCGGAAUUCGUCGACGAGCCGGGCUUUGAGCAGCUGGCCACUUUCACGAUUGACAUGCAGCCGUUCCACGCCCUCCUCCAGCGCUGCCGGUCGGCCGAUGGAAAGGAGUUCCUCCGUGCCGACGUCAGCUUGGCCAUGAAGCUCAGUGCGACGGAGCUGAGCGCCCAAUGCAUCUUUAGGCACGGCGGCAGUCUCUAUCGGGGUCCAGUCACGGUCACAGCUACACACAACUAGAUAUUCGUCCAUUGUCACUCUCCAGAUCAUCACCCACAUUUUUUUCUUUCCCAUUCCUCUCCCUCUCCCAACCUUUAUUUGGCUUAAUUCCCUCUCUUGUCUCUAUAAACCCAUUGACAAGAACUGGUGUUCUUAUCCCUAACAUUCUACUCAUCCUUUCUCUACGCCUUGAUAGCUCGGACCCGGAGCCUGCAGUUCAUGGCCGUCCACUGGUCCUCCUCAGCGUC